GUUUGUUUACGCACCUGAGCGAUGGACUGUACAACACAUCACAAGUACCGCUAGCCAACGGGACCCGGACUGAGGCAUCAUCAGCGAGCCAGUUUCAAAGGACUGCUGAGCUAAACUAUCAGUUGUGAUACAAUUGUUGCUUUCCAGCGUGUGCAUUAGAAUUAAAUACUUCCCUCCAUUAAGACUCGUUCGGACGAUUCGGCACAGCACCGACUAGAAACGGAAAAUGCGCAAGCUACGCGGUGGACAGACGAAAGAAACGCGCAAACAGCGCCAGGAGCGGAAGGAGGAAAAUUUAAAAAUCCAGCAACAGAUGAAAACAAUAGUAUUACCCACGAUUGGAGUGAUUUUCCUGUGCAUAGUGGUGUACGUGUUUCUGAAAACUCGCCCACGAUAUGAAGAACUCUAGUCUCGUUAAUCUUGAUGGGCCCUUUUUAAGUUUUUUUUGUUUGUUUGAUUAUUUGUUUGUACCUUUUUGCACUGCCGGGACUCUAUCGUGCAAGUGAUGCAGUGUGCGUGAAAUGGUUUCCAGUUAGAUUGAUACUGUAUGUUUUACGACUGAUAUAGCAACGUUUUAAUCACAUGCACAAAUCGGUUAUUUGUACAGCGUAUCGAGAAUAUAUCUACAGAUUAUAUUUACACUAUUA